CCCGUGAGUGAGGAAGAGGAGCGCGAGGCAACACUGGCGUGCGUAUGAGACUCAGACAUGGGAGGAUGCUGCAUGUCGUCCGAGGCCCGGGUGAGGCAGCAGAUCAACAAUGAAAUCGAGAAGCAGCUGAAGAGAGACAAGAAGAACCGCCGCCGGGAGCUCAAGCUGCUCCUCUUAGGCACAGGCGAGAGCGGUAAGAGCACCUUCAUCAAGCAGAUGAGGAUCAUCCACGGAGGAGGAUACAGCGAGGAGGACAAGCGCGACUACGCUAAGCUGGUCUACCAGAACAUCUACACCUCCAUGCAGGCCAUCAUCCGAGCCAUGGAGACCCUUCACAUCCCCUUCCAUGACACACACAAUCAGGUAAAAAGGGAAGGCUCUCUGCCGCAAACACGUCAUUUGGACGUCUCUGCUGUGUGGCAGAUGAGUGCCAACACGCUGCUGGAGGUGGAGGUGACCAAGGUGAACGACCUUGAUCAAGAGCACGCGGCAGCCAUCGGGAGAUUGUGGAAUGACGGCGGGUUACAGGAGUGCUUCGAUCGCCGCCGGGAAUACCAGCUGUCUGACUCCACCAAGUACUAUCUCACCGAACUAGAUCGCAUCUCGCAGCCCUGCUAUGUACCCAACCUCCAGGAUAUCCUGCGAGUCCGGGUUCCCACGACAGGCAUUAUCGAGUACCCCUUCGACAUGGAGAGCGUCAUCUUCAGGAUGGUGGACGUGGGCGGUCAACGUUCUGAGCGGAGGAAGUGGAUCCACUGCUUCGAGGAUGUCACAUCCAUCAUGUUCCUGGCGGCGCUCAGCGAGUACGACCAGGUUUUGGUGGAGGCCGACAAUGAAAACCGCAUGCAGGAGAGCAAAGCGCUGUUCAGGACAAUCAUCACGUACCCGUGGUUCCAGAACUCCUCCGUCAUCCUGUUCCUCAACAAGAAGGACCUGCUCGAGGAGAAGAUCAUGUACUCUCAUCUGGUCGAUUACUUCCCACAAUUCUCUGGGCCUCGUCACGAUGCGUCGGCAGCUCAAGAGUUUAUCCUCAAGAUGUACCAGGAACAAAACCCAGAUAAAGACAAGAAGGUCUACCCGCACUUCACCUGCGCCACUGACACGGAGAACAUUCGCUUCGUGUUCGCCGCCGUCAAGGACACCAUCCUCAGACAGAACCUUCAAGUCUUCAACCUGCUCUAACCGCCACAACCCCAUUCUUCAAAGUCAGUGCCUUUCUAUUUAUUCAGUUUCAGUGUAUUAACCCAAGUUGUGCCUUAGCAAAAACUCUCCGGCGUGUUUGGAAGGAAAAUUUGUGUUGGUAUUUUUGUUAAAAGUGAGGUUGAUGCAGUGCGGAAAGAGAUGCAGAAAGCAAGCACACCAAUUAUUUAUUUAUUAAACAGAAAGGAAGUCACUGCAGUGAACACCUGAAAAAGUACAUCAGCACCAAAAUAUACUUGAACAAAAAAAAUAAAAAAGAAUGUUGAUGACCAUGAGGAUUCCCUUCUUUUAAAUAGAUUUUUCUUUUCGCUUUAUAAACAUGUUUGCCCUCGCAUAUCGUUACUGUCCAACGAGAAGCAUGUACAUAAUCUCCAGUUUGUUUGCAUUACUUUGUACUUUGAAUUUGUUAAUGGGGGGGUGGUCAAAUUAAGUGAUGAAUAUCCAAUACUGUGAGAUUCUUAAGUUUUUAUCUGAAAAGAAAUAUUAUAUGUUUCAGAAGGAAACAAAAUAACCUCAGGAAAAAAAAUGCAUCUCCAAAUUUUGUGAACUAAAAAAAAAAAAAAAAGUGUCUAUACUAAACACAACAAAAAAUGUUUUAAUAAAAAGAAAAAAAUAUAGUGUCUAAUUUUUGUUGUAAAAUAAACCCAAAAUGGUUGCAUCUCAAAAUUAAUGCAAGUAUCUCAGUUUGUCAGUUAAAAAAAAACAUCCAAAAUUGUGAUUUAUCUUGUUUGUUUCCAAAAAUAAGAACAAAAAAAGGAAAUGUUUAUGCUUGUCAUUGGUGGUGACAAUGUGAUACAAAAACAGAAAAAUCAGUCUGCUUCCAUUAGACCCAUUUGUGAACAGAUGCAUCCAUAUAUUUACAGUAUGUAUAUACAUAGCCUACAAGAUUAAUAUACAGCAGUUUAGUAUAAAAACGGCAUGCGUCUUAACUCGCACACUCCAGAGUUUUAGCUUGCGGAAACGGAUACCAAAAAAAAUACUGUAGGAGUCACCGAGUAGAAAGUGAGUCAUUACGUGAGCGUGUGACAUUAAAAGUCAGGGGUGAGGGCAAAAAAAAAAAAGACAACAACAACAAA